AUGACCAUAGAUGGCCAUAAGUUCUAUGACUGUCUAGAACAAUGGCUUUACAAUCAUAUAUCAUAUACAGUAUGGUGCACAUCCCUAGGCACCAACCAUUGCAAGGAUGGAGCAUCUGAUGAUGAAAUCAAUAUGCUCUCCAAAAUGCAGAAGGAAAUAGCAGGUCUCAAGCCAGCCAGCAUUGUUACAAAGAAAACCAAGCUAUCUGAGGCUGACAAGCUUGCAAUUCAAUGGCUGACAACAGAGAAGAACUGGAAGGACUGGUGGAUCAAGCAGAAUACCUAUUGGAUUACAGAUAAAUACAAGGCCUGCAAAGAAUGGAAGGAGCAUACUGGGGGAGGGGAUGGAGAUGCUAAUCAUGAGAUAGAUGAGAAUGAUGAUAGAGAAGCUCUAGAUGAAAAGAAGCCAAGGCUUAAGCAAAAGAAGGGAGCCUUGCCUGGAAACUACUCACUCAAGGUUCUUCAAGCAUUCAAGGAGUCCAAAGUCUAUGAGCUGCUCAAUACAUGGGCCCAAGGUGAUGACAUUAUCAUCCAGACUUUUGACUGUAAUUCUGCUGAGAACAUCUUGGCAUUAAUGAAUACUGAGGAUGAUGAACAAGAUGCUAUUUCAAUGCUGAAGACAAAGGCCCAAAAUGGUGAUGCCAUUGCCCAGGAAAAUCUCAAACUAGCCAAGAAAAGAGAUGCAUGGGAGGAGGAAGAUUAUAAAGAGAGAUGUGAGAUGGCAAUCAUCAAUGCUUCGAUGAGCAUACAGUGGUCUCACAGCUUCUGA